CGCAGCCAAGGGGCUAGACUGCUGGAGUUAAUGUGAUAAUAGGUCCCCCGGUCUCAUGCUUUUAUCAGAAUGGAUUGAUGCCACUCGGGAAAUCUCCAGCCUUUCCCACCGUCACUUCGCUGUCUUUCUCUCCCUCCUUUUGCUUUUGCACCAAAUCAACCCCCCACCCGCGUCGCGUCGCGUCGGCUUCUCCAAGUUGGCAUUUAGAAGCGCCUUCCAAAUGGCCGCCCGACGCUUCUCGCAAAGACGCAUUCUUCUUGCUGUCCCUGUGCUCACCUUCCUCAGCUUGGCCGUCGCCCUCCUCGUAUUGAAGCCAGAUCUACCGCCGCUGUCGUUGGAUCACAUCCUGCACCCUCCGCCUCCGCCUGCUUGGGAAGUCCCCGAUGUCGACCCAAUCAUCCAUGGCGUCCAUGCUUCCGAUUAUGAGAAGACCGAACACCCGUACUCUCUCACCCCGUUCCCCGACUCCCCCUUGGACAGAUCGCCGCCGAAGGACAAGAAUGCGCCCUGGCUCGCCGCAGUUAUUUGUACGCCCUGGGAUGUCGAGCGACGCAUGUUGAUACGCUCUAGCUGGAUGCGCAUGUACAAAGAACUCCCUUUCGAUGGCCGCUUCGUCCUCUCCAACCCCGGCCCGCAGUGGAUGGAGACGAUCAAGCUUGAGAACAGCACCUUUGGCGAUUUAAUUGUCCUCGAUACCCUCCGAGAGGACGACUUUACCGCCAACACGGUCAAGACGCUCGGCUUCUACCACUGGCUCCUCGAGAAGAGCCCCAAGCAGUACCAGUUCGUCUCCAAGAUGGAUACGGACCUGUGGCUCAACGCACGUGGAUUCUGGGAUCGCUUCCUCUCCCCGAGGCUGACCAACGACACAUCGCACCCCGUAGCGACUGUCAACAGCACCAUUAUCGGCCAGCUCUACUACUCUCCGCCCCACAAGGUCGUCUUCCCCCACGGUUCUAUGUACACCGUCACUUGGGAUAUGGUUGAGCUCCUAGCCGGGCUACAGGACACCCACCACGUUAUUGCCGGCGAGGAUAUGGCCAUGGCUAUGCUCAUGCUCAAGGGUCGGGAGACGGCGACCGUCGUCAACAUGAAGGGCAGCGAGAAGUUUGACUUUGACGAGCGCGACACACGGCCAGGCGAGGAUACGGCAUGGGCCGUUGGCGAUACCAUCCCCAGCGCCGCCGAGCACGCCCUGUACGGUGACGAGGUCAUCGCUGUGCACCAGCUCAAGUCCGACGAGGCCUGGCUCAAGGUCGCCGACUGCUUCGACGAGAACGGCAUCAAGGAGAUGCCAGAAUGGACCCCCCCGCCACCGCCGCCGCCGCCGCCGCCGAUGAACGAGGAGGAGACCCGCAAGUGGCAGCAAGAGGCGGACAAGAAGAAGAUGAAGUACAACAAAUCACGAUUCGAUGCGAUCCCCGCGGAAUACUGGGAGUUUAAAGACGGCACCUGGUUGUGUAAUGGUAUCUGGAAGACACAAGUCGGCGUGGAUAAGAACCCAGAGAUACAGGCAUAAACCGGAUGUUUAGAGAUGCGUGCUGGCAUCGAGGUUUUGUAAAGAUAUCCCAUGAACGUUGCGGCCUUGGAUUAUCACUUGACUACUAAGUGUUGGAUCCAUUACAGCCCAUUUAAUCAGUAUAAUAGCGUUGAAUUGAGACCAAAGAUGAUUG